GGAACCAUGACGGCAGUGGAUGAUAUUCUAGAACAUAUAGGGGAAUUCCACCUGUUCCAGAAACAGACAUUUUGCCUCUUAGCUCUGCUCUCAGGCACCUUCACUCCCAUUUACGUGGGCAUCGUCUUCCUGGGCUUUAUCCCUAACCACCGCUGCCGGAGUCCUGGGGUGGCCGAGCUGAGCCAGCGCUGUGGCUGGAGCCUGGAAGAGGAACUGAACUACACCGUGCCGGGCCUGGGGUCUACACAUGAGGCCUCCUUCCUCAGCCAGUGCAUGCAGUACGAGGUGGACUGGAACCAGAGCUCCAUUGACUGUGUGGACCCCCUGUCCAGCCUGGCUGCCAACAGGAGCCACUUUGCACUGAGCCCUUGCCAGCAGGGCUGGGUGUACGACACCCCUGGCUCCUCCAUCGUCACCGAGUUUAACCUAGUGUGUGCUCGCUCCUGGAUGCUGGACCUGUUUCAGUCAGUAGUGAACGUGGGGUUUUUUAUCGGUGCUGUCGGGAUUGGCUACCUAGCAGACAGGUUUGGCCGGAAGUUCUGUCUCCUGAUCACCAUCCUCAUCAACGCUACCUCUGGGGUUCUCAUGGCGGUUUCCCCCAACUACGCCUGGAUGCUGGUGUUUCGUUUGCUCCAGGGACUGGUCAGCAAAGCAGGCUGGUUAAUCGGCUACAUCCUGAUUACAGAAUUUGUUGGUCUGGGCUAUCGUAGAACAGUGGGGAUUUUUUACCAAGUCGCCUUUACCACUGGGCUGCUGAUACUGGCGGGCGUGGCCUAUGCUCUUCCCCACUGGAGGUGGCUGCAACUGGCCGUGACCCUGCCCAACUUCCUCUUCCUGCUCUAUUUCUGGUGCAUACCUGAAUCUCCAAGAUGGCUGAUCUCCCAGAACAAAAAUGCAAAGGCCAUGAAGAUAAUUGAGCAUAUUGCUAAGAAAAAUGGGAAAUCCAUGCCAACGUCUUUUCAGAGCCUGAGAGAAGAUGAGGAUGUUGGCGAGAAACUGAACCCUUCAUUCCUUGACUUGGUCAGAACCCCUCAGAUAAGGAAACAUACUUUGAUCUUGAUGUACAAUUGGUUCACCAGCUCUGUUCUCUACCAGGGCCUCAUCAUGUACAUGGGUCUCGCAGGGGGCAACAUCUACCUGGAUUUCUUCUACUCUGCCCUAGUGGAGUUCCCGUCUGCCUUCAUCAUCAUCCUUACCAUAGACCGGAUUGGUCGCCGCUAUCCCUGGGCUAUGUCAAACAUGGUGGCAGGAGCGGCCUGUCUAGCUUUGGUUUUUAUCCCUGAUGAUCUACAGUGGCUGAAAAUCGCCAUCGCAUGCUUGGGUAGAAUGGGCAUCACCAUGGCCUAUGAAAUGGUCUGCCUGGUCAAUGCUGAGCUGUACCCCACAUACAUCAGGAAUCUCGGUGUCCUUGUCUGCUCCUCCAUGUGUGACAUUGGUGGCAUCCUCACACCUUUCCUGGUCUACCGUCUCACCGACAUCUGGCUGCAGUUCCCUCUGCUGGUGUUUGCUGUAGUUGGCCUUGUUGCUGGGGGACUUGUGCUGCUGCUACCUGAGACCAAAGGGAAGACUCUGCCUGAGACCAUUGAGGAUGCCGAGAACAUGCAGAGGCCAAGAAAGAAGAAAGAGAAGAGAAUUUACAUCCAGGGCAAGAAAGCAGAUUUCCAGCUAAGCUAAGGAGAAAGGGUGUGGUCGCUGCCGGACCGGACCGGAGGCAGAGACUCUCCCCACAUCACAAACCCACGCAACCCAACCGCACUCACCCUUGAACUCCAUCUGCGGGGAGCCACAGCUGCA